CAAUAGGUUUGUUCGUUUUUAUUACUCCGUCUAACCGGGUCUACACUUUCCUUACUCUCCUUACUCCGCUCUCCACUUUUUACCCCUGAUUUAACCAAAGACCUAUAACAGGUCUCUGGAUUUAACCUUACCCGGGUAAGAAACCUGGUUAAAAACGAACAAACCUACUGUUUUUAUAGUUUUUGAUUUUGAUCGGAUGAUAAAUUGAAUCGAUUCGAAAAAACUCACUUUUCACCGAAGCUUUUCUUAAAACUUGGGAUUAUUCUAAUAUCGUGUUGCGAAUCUUGUCGUCUCAUCUACUCUCAUCAUAGGAAAAGAAACUGGACAUUCUUGAACCACUUAUUGUCGCUUGAUUUCAAGAGAAGAUGAAAGAUACUCGAAAUACUUGCUCGAAUUCGAUGCAAGCAAUACUUACCAACUGAUCUCAGCGGAAUUGCCUUCACAUUCACACCAAUUGAUGAAAUUAUCGACACUCGAAUGACGUAAUCAAAAUGGCCCCAGUUGUACGAAUUCCUAAUUUAAAACAAAUCGCGUCUUCUUGCGUAGCAAUUGCUUUAUGGAAGCAUAUAGAUCUUCCUGCCUUUAUGUGGAUUGAUUAUAAUGAAGAAUUCGACGAUUCUCCGUUAAUCGACCAUGUUUAUAGAUCAAUGGAAAAACUGGUAGUUCCGCGAUGCAUAGCAAAACUUCUCAAGACAUAUGCUCAGAAAGUGAAAAAGGAACUAGAAGAUUGGGUUCGUUAUCUUUCCAAUAAAGUUCUACGCAAUAAUGGACAAAAGAACGAAUUGUAUUGCGAUAUUAAUGAUAUAAUUUGGUACUCCGAUGGCACUAUCAAUCACAAAGCAACUGCUAGAAAUUUACUGAAUUCGCUGAGAUUGAGCGAAAUUGAAAAAUAUCACGUUCUGUGUCAUUAUUGUUUGAAAGAUGAUAUCGAUCGUUUAUCGCCGUUGUUAUUUACGAAUAAUAUCGUAGAUCAUGUCGACUUUAUUUCCGAUCCUUCGAUUUAUUAUUGGAACUGUUACUUUAGAAAAGAGUUGCAUAAGAUACCUGCUAGGAGAGAUUUAUCUUUGGAUGUUUACAUGUUUCGACAAGAAGAUGUUGAUUGGUGGUUUGCAAAAGAGUAUUUUUUCGAUCGGUUAAAUCCAGAACAGCAGGUUGAAAACGUUCUCUGGUCGAUUGAUGAAAGCGGCGCGUACUAUAUUCUGAAACAAUUACUGAUGAAAUUGAACGAAGAUCAAUUGCUUCACGUUUAUAUUGCUCGAGCUGAACAGAUAAUAGACAUGUUAAUGAUUCUUGAUGAUUAUUAUCAAGAAAUUCUUCCGACGUGGUAUGAUAUUCGGGAUUGGAUAAACCAAGAUCAAUUUGCGGCGAUUUUUAUGAAUUUAAUAGAUUCACUCAUGCAUGGCGGUGUUCCUGGCGUCAUUUUAACGGAAAUUUGGACAAGCGCUGGUGAUGAUUUCAGAUCUUUUAUUCUAAAUUAUCAAGAUCAUAUAAUUUUCGAAAGAAUAGUGUAUUGGUGGAAAAGAACCAAAGAUAAUAGUUUUCUAGACACGCUGCUGCAGCAUGUGAACGCAAAUCUCAAACAAGAAAUCACUUCGAGAACAUUUUUUAGAAAAUUUUGCGAAGAUUUGAUCUCUGCUCUAGAAUUAACGAAGCUGGAAUGCUUGUUGAGCACGUGGUGUUCCUUUGGCGACGAAUUGAUUCAAUUUAAACGAAAUUUCACGGAAACUGAAUUCUUCAUCCAUUCUUGCGAAUCGAUGUUAUUGAACAUAAUAUACGUAGGAAAAGAUGAUUUUCUACUAAAAUUGGAACAUUUGUGGAACAUAUGGUUUUCCAGUGUUGAAGAAGUAACCAUAUUCAAACGAGAUUUCACCAGAAAGAACGUUUUUCGUUAUUGUUGCGUAUCAAUGAUGUUGAAUAGGAAAUUACCCACUUUGGAAUCGUUAUUGAACUUAUGCCUGUUGGGUGAUGGAGAAUUCGAACGAGAUUUUGCACAAGAUGAGAUUUUGUUCGAUCAUUGCGAGGAACUAAUCGAUAAAGAAGAGUUACAUAAUCUCGAACAGUUGUUGAAGAUAUGCUUUUGCAAUGCCGAUGCGUUGAUUGAAUUUCAAAACCAUAUCAUAAAAAGGGAAUUUUUCCUCAGAUAUUGUAAAAAAUCAAUUGAGCACGAUGAUAAAUUCAAAGUUAUGGAACGUUUACUCAAUUGUUGUGUUUCAAAUACUGAAGAAGGUACGAUCUUUAAACAAAACCUCGUAAUAGAUCUCAUAAAAGACCGCAUCUACAGUCAUUGCCCUAAAUGGAAGUCUCGCAAAGAGCAAAUGUUGCCCAAGUGGUUAACAUUAUUCCUUCCUAGUACCUCUGAAUCUAUUCGGUUCAUGCGAGAUUUGGUGUUUAACUCGCCGAAUGUGAGAAACUAUUGUUUGAACGGUUCUUGGUUUGGACAUUUAAAUACGAUGAAUGAUACACUUAAUGAGAUCUUGUUGUCGCAAUCAAACCUUGUACUAGAAUACAAAAAGGAUCUGUGGUCGUCGUCUAUUGGUUUCCUAUAUCUUGCACGCAUCUUUCGCCGUCAAGGUAGUCGUGCAGUGAAUGAGAUCAUUGCAGAUUCUUUUUCUGAUACAAAUUCGGCUAACGAACUCAGAAAAAAGUUAAUUUUUUUACCAGAAAUUAUUGAUCAACUGCAACAAAUGGUACUCGAUGGUCAAGCACUAAACAUUUUGAAAAAUCAAAUCGAAGAAUUUCUUCCGUUAAACGAAGAUCAACGAACAUUGAAGAGACAUUUAAUUGAUAAUUUGCAACCGAAACUCACCGAUAUUUUUUACAAAUAUGGCGACUCGGGUUGGCAAUCUCUGAUGCAGCAGUAUUUGGAAGAUGAAAAAGUGAUACAAGAGUUGAAAUUGAAUCUUAUGAUAGAUGAUAUUUUCGAACGCGCGUUCAAGGAAUGUAUUUUUCAAACGUACGACGAGCAUCACCGAGUCUCCCGUUGCACUUUGAAGAAAAAUUUCGUGUUCGAUUCGUUGGAUCGAGUUCUGAAUUGGUAUUUUGAAUCGCCAAAGAAAACUAAAGAAUACAAGGUGCAGAAAAUUUACUCUUACGAAAAUAUCAAAACGAUCGACACGUUGUUGAAGAAGAAUUGCCAUUCUUCUUACAUGACGGAAUUGAUGAACUGGUUUUUUGAAAACGACUCCGUUGAAAUUGCGAAAUUCAAAAAGAAGCACGAAGGAGAACAGUUUGUCAAUUUGAUUAAAAUUCGUCGUGAAAGUUAUUUUAAAAAUAGACGUACUUUGUAGUAGAAAAUUUGUGCAUUUUAAUUUUUUUGGGUACGAUUUUGACGUGCGUGUUUAUGUAUUAAGUAACUAAUUAUCGUUAAGUGUUACAGAGUUAAAAAAUAGGUACCUACACAUUUUUUUUCUUCGUACCUACCUUUGUUGAAUUCAAUUAUUUUAGAUCUUGAUCUCGAGAAUGUACAUGAGAGUUAUUGUAGAUAGGUAUAAUUUUGUAUUCGUGGUGUCUAAUUAUUCUGUUAUUAAUUAAAAUUUGUUUGUUUCAUGCCUAAAUUAUUUCGUGCUAAUACAUAUUUUUUAAUUUUCAA